AUGGAUUUCGAUCUUGAACAAACUAUUGAUUUUGUUGAAGACAGAAAUUUUAAAAGAUCAUUAAAAUAUAGUGAAAAACAAAAGAAAAAGCGUAAAUUGUAUUUUGAACAACCAUCAAAUAACAAUGAAUUACCUGACGUCAUUUCUUCAUUUCCGCUUCAUAUCGAUAUAAAACCAGCACCGGCCAAAAAUACGGAAGAUAAUUAUUUUUUGAAGAAACAAAUGAUUGAAAAUCUUGAUCAUAUGAAUCAAAUUGAAAGUAUCAAUGCAGAUGACGAAGAUAAUAAUGAUGAAGUUAUCGACUAUCCAUCUGAUGAUUCAAAAUAUUUCAUUGAUCAUGAUAUUCAUCCUGAAAAUUUAUUACAUUACUAUACAGAUAUUUCGACAAAUGAAUUUUGUUCAAGUUUAUUAAAUUUAUUGAGAAAAUCUAAUACAUGCAAAGUACAUGCAAAUCGUUUAUUAUCAUUUAUUAGUUCAAUACUUCCAGCACCAAAUAAUGUACCGAAGAAAACGGAAGAUUUAUUAAAACAACUAGAAAUAGCAAAUAAUACUUUCAAGAAAUAUUUAUUUUGUAUAAUUUGUAAAGAAUAUCUUUCAUUUGAAAAUAAAUUUUGUUCAAAAUGCUCACCGAAUGAUUCUAGAAGAUUUGCUUUCGUUUAUGAUAUGAAUAUAGAAGAAAGUAUCAAAAACAUUUACAUAAGAUUGGAAAGAGAUAUCAAAGAAUAUCAAAAUCAACUCCGACUUAUGGAUGAUCAAGAUCUUACUAAUGAUAUAGGAUUUAACAAUCUUUAUCAACAAUUAUUGAGAGAUAAUUCAAAUGAUAAUUUUAUAACUUUUUUAUUAGAAUUUUGUAACACAUCAUUGAAUAAGUCUUGA